AUGGGGCAACAGACGAAGCCUUGGCGCGCACUACACCUGACGAACGUUGAUCGCGAGUGUGGUGCACCACUCGGCCACGAGCGCCACACGCCCAGCUUCGUGUUAGAGGCUGAACGCGGCCCUUCCAGGGAGGCUACGAACUGCAACGUGCGUGCCCAAGCGGCGUACACCAACGGGCUGCAUGCCUCGGCCAGCGCAGCACCUCCAGCAGCGCGCCCACGCCCUCGAGGCGAGGCGCGCGCCAAGCCCCGACCGCCAGUCGAUGGGCGGCACGGGCGUCAGCAGGUGCAUGCUGGCAUGUGGGUGCGUAACGGUUCGUCCCUGGUUAGCCAAAUCAAAGCUUAUCAGGAUGUACGACGUCGGGCUGAGAUGCUGGACAAAGAUGUGGUUGUGCUGCAGAUUGGGGCCUCUCUAAUUGACAAUGAUGAGUUCAUGAUUUUACUUCUAUACAAGUUCAACCUGCUUCGAUGGACACAGCAAGAGUUUGAGAACAGCCCAUUGACUGGGCCUGUUGAGGACACAAUGGACAAGAUUGCAAAGUUGGUGGAGGAGUUCCUGGGUCUGCUGCUGAUGAUUGUGGCUGAGCGGCACGUGCCUGGCGUGGGCCAGGUGAACUCUGAAGCAUGUGUGGUGAAGGAGAUAGUGCAGCAGCUGUGUCUGCGGCCAUUGUCACAUGUGGAGCUGAAUUCAAAGCUCUGUGUUGAGGGCCGCCUUGAGCAUAUAAUAGACCAGGAGGGAAGCAAAGUGUCUGAUUACAAGGUGCCAGUAGGAGAUGGCCCUAGGCGUGGGUUGUAUGAACUGAAGCCUGAGAAAUAUGCCGAGUGCAAUGUGUACUACUACCACUACUCUCGUGAGGAGAUAUCAGAGGUGCAGGAGAAGCUGGUGCGUAUGCGCCGAAAUGCAGGCAAUCCGGCGUUUGUUCCACCGCCGGUGCCCCCACCCUUUGAGGAGCCCUUCGCACCAGUUGUCACCUUGAUGCGCUGUGACGUGAUGCUGCUGGUGCUGCGCAUAGUGCUGGAGCGUGCUGCCAACCCGCAGACGCAGUCCUUCACAGAGGAGCAGCUGCACAGGACAUUGUACCUCAUUGGGUACGCUCUCUACGAACAGGAGCGCGACGCGAAGGCCGCCGCGGACGCCGAGGAAGGAGCAGCCGACGAGUGGCAGCCUGCCGGGGCGACGUUCACUGAACGCGCGAGCGCGUGCGGCCUGGAGCAGCUGCUGCAGGAGCUGUGCACCAACGCGCGCGUGGCGGUGCACUGGCAGCUGCUGGCGUGGACGGUGGCCCGUUUCCGCAGCGUGGCCGCCGCCUCCGCCGCCGCCGCCUCCGCCCACGGCGCCGCUUCCGCUUCCGCGGCCGGCGCCGAAGAGGCGGAGCCGGCGGUGGCGGAGGAGGUGGAGAUGGUGGGCGGCGCCGUUCGCGAGGAGUCGCAGCGCCGCCACGAGAAGGCGGAGAAGUCCCGCGAACGCAUCAUGGCGCAGAUGCGCGCGAUGCAAUUGAAGUUCAUGAAGUCGCAUGCAGCCCUAAUGGAGGAAGUGCAGGUAUUUUAA